AUGGACAAUGCAAUCACCGACUUUCUGGCCAGCAUAGGCAGUGAGGAAGUUACCGAUGUCGAAGAAGAGGCCUUUCUUCUAUUCAGCCAAGAAAUUCCUACCACGAACCUAGGUUUUCUAGACUCGCGCGCUUCAUCUCUCGACAUACCCAUUGGGAGCCAUGAAUAUACUGUUCAUCAAUCGCCGACUUUGUUGAGUUCCUCUCGUGCCGGAGGCACUACGGGCGCAGUCCUGUGGAAAAUCACUCCAUGUUUCGCAGAAUGGGUAUCAAAUCCAGCAAAUCCUCUACGGACACACUCCCUUCUCUCUGAAACCUCCGUGGUUGCGGAAUUAGGCUGUGGUAUUUCCGCAUUGGUCGCGCUAGCCCUAGCGCCUUCUGUGCAGCACUAUCUCGCGACAGACCAAGAAUACGUUCGACGGCUCUUUCGCACAAAUGUCGAGGCCAAUAGCUCCGUCUCGUCAAUUCCUUCGACUGCACUAGGCAAGUCAAAAGGCAGCAAGGCCAAAGCCGGUGGCAAGUCCUCCGUAAAAGGGAAACGACCCCCUCAGUCCCCUGCCAGCAACAUCACCUUCACGACCCUGGAUUGGGAACGUGAUCAGCCAGAGCUGCUGAAACAGUGUAUUAGUUCAAAUUCCGGUCACACCGCCCUCGCACGAGACGCAGGUCAGGUCGACGAUGAACAAGAAGUGGGAGACCGAGGCUUCGAUCUUCUUCUUUCCUGCGAUUGCGUCUACAACGAAGCUCUCGUCGCGCCCUUCGUCCGCACAUGUGCCGAGAUCUGCCGUCUACGGCCACUUUACAACCCCUUGGAAGGUCAGAAAACCGGCCCAGGCCGUCGGCCGACGAUCUGCAUCGUUGCGCAGCAGCAGCGAGCGCCAGAUGUGUUUGAGACUUGGUUGAGAGAAACGUUGCGCCGGAACGGGAUAUCUGGUUCAUCUUUUGCUGGCCAAAGAGCCGGGGAAGUCCUGCGGUAUGACUCGGUAAAGGCAAGUCGAUUCGUGUGCAAUGGCCUGCGUCACAUGUACGAUACUACGGAGGUUGGCAUCUUCCCACCGAAGGCUUCGCAGGCUUUCCUGUCAAGGGAUAUGUCUGGCGCUGCCAUCUAG